AGACGAAGCAUUUAUUUCUCACCUUCGUAUUUGAUGCUUAUUAAUAAACUAUUAUAUUAUAUCACUGGUUUUAUAAAAUUAUCACCAGUAGUGAGUGAGAGUGAGAGAUUUGAGAAGAAAACAAUGGCAAAAUCACCCACAGAAGAGCACCCACAAAAGGCUUUUGGUUGGGCUGCUACUGAUACUUCUGGAGUCUUAUCACCUUUCCAUUUCUCUAGAAGGGACAAUGGUGAUAAUGAUGUCACUAUAAAAAUCCUUUAUUGUGGAGUUUGCCAUUCAGACUUACAUUCUGCAAAAAAUGAAUGGGGUUUUACAAACUACCCCAUUGUUCCCGGGCAUGAGAUUGUUGGCAUUGUGACAAAAACUGGGAGUAAUGUGACAAAGUUUAAAGAGGGUGAGCGUGUUGGGGUUGGUGUCAUAGUAGGAUCCUGCGAGACAUGUGAGAUUUGCGAACAAGACUUGGAGAACUACUGCCCACGAACAAUUUUCACUUAUAAUGCCCAUGACCAUGACGGGACUAAAACAUACGGUGGCUAUUCCAAUAUAGUGGUUGUUAACCAGCGUUUUGUGCUCCGGUUUCCUGACAACUUGGCUCCUGAUGCUGGUGCUCCACUUCUGUGCGCUGGGGUCACUGUGUACAGCCCAAUGAAAUAUUAUGGAAUGACAGAGCCAGGUAAACAUUUGGGUGUGGCAGGUCUUGGUGGGCUUGGUCAUGUUGCUGUGAAGUUGGGAAAGGCCUUUGGAUUGAAAGUGACUGUCAUCAGCAGCUCCCCAUAUAAGGAGUCCGAGGCAAUUGAUAGACUUGGGGCUGAUGCUUUCCUUCUUUCUUCUGACCCUGCAAAAAUUAAGGCAUCUUUGGGCACUAUGGAUUUCAUCAUUGACACUGUGUCUGCAGUUCAUCCCCUGACCCCAUUACUUGCUUUACUGAAGCUUAAUGGGAAACUGAUCACUGUUGGUUUACCUAAUAAGCCUCUGGAGUUGCCUAUUUUUCCUCUAGUUUUGGGGAGAAAAAUGGUUGGAGGAAGUGAUAUUGGAGGGAUAAAAGAGACGCAGGAGAUGCUAGACUUUUGUGGCAAGCACAACAUCACAGCAGAUAUUGAGCUGAUCAAGAUGGAGGAGAUUAACACAGCCUUUGAAAGGCUUGCAAAAUCUGAUGUGAGGUACCGGUUUGUAAUCGACGUGGAGAACUCUUUUUCACAGUAGAGUAGAGUAAUCCUGAUGGAUUUGGAAUCUAAUAAUUGAAUAAAAUGAGAAAUGUUGGACUAUGUAUGCUAUAUGAGAUGAAACUAUGGAACCCUACAAUGGAUUUCUAUUAGUACGUGAUGGAUACUUAUGGUUCUUUCUA